CAAAUAUCAACAUAUUUUUCAAAAUAUACACCCGCGCGCCUGCGCGGGUCAAAAUCUAGUCAAUAACUUAUUUCUCAGAGCACGUUUAAAAACACGCAAGUCGUAAACCUUGAGCUUAAAUUUCUAUUAAUAUAAAGUUCUGUUUAAGGAAUAUUUUUGUUUGCAUUAAAUUCAAACUUUUUGUGAGGAGCGUUUUCUGCGUGACACCUAAGCGUUUUGCUAAAUAAAAGCUUCUCAUGAGGCCACGUCACACACAUUGCCAAUAAUCUUUUAAGGUAAGUUUUAAAAGUGCUUCUCCUUUAAUAUAUAGGGGAUUUCAACGUUGCCUCUAAUCACCCAAUAUUUUUUUUGCUCUUAUUUAUUAGUGAUAAUUAAAGUUAUGUUCAACCCUCUUGUCAUUGCUUUGGAUGUUUUACAGGUUGGUCAUCUCGGUGAAACCUACGAGGAAUGGGUUCACCAACCCAUUGUGACAAAGAAAGGCCCUCGUUUUUUCCACAGUGACUUUUGGGAGUUCUUGACUCUUACAGUUUGGUGGGCGGUUCCUGUCAUUUGGUUGCCAGUUUCAGUCUGGUGCAUCUCCAUGUCGGUAAGCAGGGGCCUUUCACUUCCAGAAAUCGUCCCACUGAUAGCCUUGGGAAUAUUUAUCUGGACGUUGAUAGAAUACACUCUUCACCGGUUCCUUUUCCACAUAAAGACAAAGAGUUACUGGGGAAACACGGCACACUAUCUUAUUCACGGAUGCCAUCACAAGCACCCAAUGGACCAUCUUCGACUCGUCUUUCCUCCUGCUGCUACAGCAGUUUUAUGCUUUCCUUUCUGGAACCUUGUGAAGCUUUUCACAACUCCUUCAGUCACACCUGCACUGUUUGGAGGCGGCAUGCUUGGGUACGUGAUGUACGAUGUUACUCACUACUACCUUCACCAUGCACACCCAACUAGAGCAGUGACCAAAAAUCUCAAGAAAUACCAUUUGAGCCAUCACUUCAGGAUUCAUGACAAGGGAUUUGGUGUAACAUCGUCGCUAUGGGACAUAGUUUUUGGCACACUCACCAAAUCUCCCAAAAGAGAGCAAUAGAAAAGGAUAUUGGCAAUACAGUUAAAUAUUUAAUUAUGAAUCUUCCCUCAUGAGUUUUGAGAUGUUUAGCUGAAGGGGUUUCAUUUAAAUCACUAUAUUGUAAAUCAAUGUGUCACAUCCUAGUCUUGGUGUGUUUCUCAGCGAAAACAACCAACAAUAUAUACUAACGUGUAAGACUAUGUACAAUGGUUUCAAAAUUCAACAUUUUCCAUUUUAUCUUUUAA